AUGAAAUAGGAAGAAUACAAAUGGAAUGAAAAGUUAUGGAAACCUAUAAUUAGACCUCCAAGGUAUUCAUACAAACUAAGCGGCCUUGGAAGUGAAGCUUUUAUGGUUCAAGGUGUUGUUGUUAAAAGAACUGAUUUUUCAAUAAAAAAUAAUCGUAAUCUCUUAUUGCAAUGCAGGUAUUAUUGAGAAAUAUCACAUAGUUUAUUUGAACCAAUAAAGUUAAAGGAUAAGCCACAUCCCUGCAUCAUAUAUCUACAUGGAAAUUCAGGGUGUAGGAUAGAAUCGCAUUCAAUAAUAGAUUAUGUGAUUCCAUCUAAUAUUUCAGUAUGUGGAAUUGAUUUAUCUGGUACUAAUCUGCUGUAAUAAUCAAGGAUCGGGUUAAUCGUAAGGAGAAUAUAUAUCCUUGGGGUAUUGGGAAUCUGAAGAUGUUUAGUGUCUGUAUAAUUAUUUGAGAGUAGAAAAAGUAUUUAUGUCAUCUAUUAAAAAAUGAGUAAUAUAACAUCAGUUGGAUUGUGG